AUGCUGGACCUGGAUGCUUGGGACAGCCGCAUCUUUGAUGCUGCGCUUUGUGCUGCACGCCGCUGCUGGCAGAGUCAGCGUGCUGUUUUCACAGAGGCCUACUGCCCUUCGCGGGCCCUCCGGCGUCUUGAAACGGCGGCUCGCCGUGGCCCGCGUGUGUCAGCCGAGGUGUUUUUGGAGCGCCUCGUGCGACGCACGUGCAAGCAGCUGCGAGGCCUUUGGGAUCAUCGCUUUCAGAUCGCCCUGGAGGCCGAGCGAACACGCUCUUGGCGCGCAGUGAUCGAGAGCAUCAUGCGGGUGCCGCAAUUCGGCGGCACCGGCUUCGUGGCCAAGGAGCUGACCUCCGAUCUGCUGCAGACGUGCUUGUUCUGCACUUGGAGCGAAGCCUCGCAGACCUGGGAAAGCCAAUGCGAGGACCUGAAUGGCUGGUGCCCCGUUGGGCCUGGCGCACGCCGUGGACUCAACCGCUUGCACGGCAGGCCUACGAAUGCGCACGCGUACAGCCACAGUCAGGCCGUCUCGGACAAGUUUAUCCAAGAGCUCUUGGCGAUUUAUGCCCAGCGCACGGCUCACUGGAAUCCGUCGGAUCUCAUCGAGGACCUUAGCCCAGCUGGAGAACUGAUGCUGCAUGACGUGCAGUUCCAGCUGUGUGAGUUCGACAAAUAUGAGCGGGCGAGACUUGAGCAGGGCCGCGUGCGGAGGUAUCUUCUGGCCGGCAGCUCUGACUCAUUGGGGCCUGAUUCCUGGAGUGCCUAG